AGGCCAUAGCGCACCUGCUUGACCAAUGACAGGAAGCCUAACAAACCGGGAAGGGCAGCGCUACCUCCAGUGUUGGAUCGCAUGUCACUUGAAGUCGUGAUCGAUCGCGACGUGGAUAUGUUUAUUGACAAAAGGGUUAAACUUGAAACCCGGACACGUUGACAGAACCUAACUCUCUGUGGCAUGUACAGACGAUUGAAGAUGGCGACCGAGAGUGGAAGUAAGACUGAGAACGGCCUUGUGGAUGGGCAAGAAUGCUAUCAGUAUGACCCCGAGAUUCUGAAACUGAUCGAUUUUUCUGAGUCUCCCGCCCAGUACAAGCCUCCAGUCUCCCCGGCUCAUCCUGGGGACAAUCUGGUGAUGCGGCCCCUGUGUUUAGCAGACUACGAUAAAGGUUUUCUACAGCUGCUGACACACCUGACCAAAGUUGGAGAUAUAAGCAGAGAAGAGUUUGAAGCCCGCUUCAUGCAGAUGAAGAAGUGUCCGGAGAACUACUACGUGACGGUGAUAGAGAACACAGAAUCUGGGCAGAUCAUCGCCUCCGCCACACUGGUGAAGGAAACCAAGUUUAUACACCAAGCCUCUGCGAGGGGACGCGUGGAGGACGUUGUGGUCAGUGACCUCUAUCGGGGGAAGCAGCUCGGAAAACUCCUUGUAGACAGCAUGACCUUGUUGAGUGCCAAGGUCGGGUGUUACAAAGUGUCGUUAGAAUGUCGAGACCCCCUCGUCAAGUUCUACUCACAGUUUGGCUUCAAGAAGGAAGAAAACCAGAAUUACAUGAUGCAGAAGUGGUGGAAUUGACCACUGCUUGGACUGCUUCGGCUAGGAAAUAUUUUGUUCUUGGGCUUGUUAUGUUUUCAAAGCAUGGAAUACUGAAAGAUCUGGUUAGUGUAAAUCUGUUGGUAAUUUGAAUUGAUUAAUUGGUCAGUGUCAAUUAUCAGAAUCUCAGGCCUGUUAUCGUUCGCACAAAAAGUAAAUUAUGUUAUAUUUAUUUUGUAUGUUCAACAUAACGAGAAAAAGUUAUCCCCUAAUUAAAAUUACAAAUCAUUUACCAAAUGAUUUUGAAAUUAAUUUCCUGAGGAUCAGAUGAUUGAUUUUUAUGUAAGCUUGUUAUCAUUAGAAUAAUGUUUUGUUAAUGAUGUCAGGGAAACUUAUUUUUUUACUGUGAAGUCAAGAAUGGCUGUUGUUCCCUUGUUAAUAGCUGUAUGAGUUUCAGACCCUGUUCUGGUUGUGCUAGAGUAGAUUCAGACCCUGUUCUGGCUGCGCUAGGGUAGAUUCAGACCCUGUUCUGGCUGCGCUAGGGUAAAUUCAGGCUCUGGACUGGCUGUGCUGGGGUAGAUUCAUACCCUGGCCUGGUUGUGCUAGAGUAGAUUCAGACCCUGUUCUGGUUGUGCUAGAGUAGAGGGAAACUUAUUUUUUUACUGUGAAGUCAAGAAUGACUGUUGUUCCCUUGUUAAUAGCUGUAUGAGUUUCAUCUGUGAUCACUUGAAGAUCAUCACAGCCAAUAUCAGUAUUUCAAGGGACAAAUAGCCCUUAAGCUUUGAUGCUAGCAAGUGGUUAGGAUGAAGUGAAUGAAUCACAAUACAGUAGAACAUGGAUAUAACUGUAGAUAUUUUAAUUCAGUGGUUGUAUCGGGCUGCAACACAUAACAUUACUACUCACAGAAACAAUAGAUUUGAGUUGGUUGUGAGUUGAGUGAAGGCAAUCAGGAGUAUUUUAACAUGAUUAGAGAUUAUAUGAUAGCAACCAACAUUGAUAUUAAAACAUCAACUCGUUUUAAAACGUUUAUUGGUUUUCUGAGAGUUAAAAGGACACCACAUUGCAAUGCACUGGGUUCGAGAUAAUUUUUUAGCUAUUGAGUAUUUAAUGCCAUGUUAUCAUUUUCAUUGGGUAUUCAAUACAUUUUUACUCCCUUAAGCUAAUGAGUAGACAGGUUUGAAAUACUGUUUAAAGUUCCAAAAUUUGAUUAUGGGAUUUUUUUUUUGUUUAACGCCACACUGAGCAAGAUGUCAGCUAUAUGACAGCGGUCUGUAAAUAAUCGAGUCUGAACCAGACAAUCCA